GCAUUUGUAUUCACAUACACACAGCUUCCCCUGUUCUGUCUUCUCUUUCUCUGUUAUUCUGAUGCUAGAGUAAUAGCAGCUCAGAAAAGAUGUUGCCUUGCAUCUGCCACUCAUCCUCUUCAAUAGUUCUGUACCAACCACUCCCACCCCCACACUGAUUUCUCUCGAUUGAUUUCUUCUUUCGUUUCAAAUUAAUUAAAAAAACUGGACAUGCUGGACUCAGUUCUGCUGGCGCUGUUCCUGCCGUGCCUGGGCAUGAGCGCCGUCUUCAUAGUGUACAUCUGCCUUCUCUGGUACGCCACCGCACACCACCCCAACCUCCCUCCGCUCCCAGCCAAAACCCUCUCCGUGAAGGGCCUCUCCCCCUCCGACCUUGACAAGCUCCCCAAGGUUACCGGCAAGGACCUGCUGUCCCCUAGCGAAUGUGCAGUGUGCCUCGAUGACAUCGCCCAUGAACAAGCUGUUCGGAUGGUUCCCGGUUGCAACCAUGGCUUUCACCUUGAAUGCGCGGAUACCUGGCUUUCAGAACACCCUCUGUGUCCGGUUUGUAGAGCCAAACUGGACCUUGAGAAUUUGAAUUCCUCUGAAAGUGAAAAGAACCCAUGCUAAUGCGUGCCUUGGUCAUGUUAAAGAAAGAAAGAAGGGAUAUCAUUGUCAUGUACAGAUUGUGUUUCAGUUACGUUCCUUAGCUUCUGUAUGUAUGUAUGUCUUAUGUAGAAAUCUGGCGGCUACAUAACAUCCGAAUAUAAUGCCGCCGCCUCCCCACCCCUCAUUCUAAUUCUACUUUUUCCUCUAAUUAUUCAUACUCAUAUUCA